GAGAGAGAGAGAGAGAAACAGAGGGAGAGGGGGUGGACGGAAGCCAAGUCCAGCAGCGGCAUUCCACUGAACAGAGCGGAGGAAAGUUAAGCGCUUCUCCAGAUGUGGAGGGUUUGGACUUCUGGAGGCAGAGAGUGAAGCUCUCCAGCUAACGCUCCAUCACUCCAAACACGCAGCGCUCCUCGCUUGGUUAAGAUCGGUGGGGGAAAAACAGGAAAACAGCAGAAAGUGAUCUCGCCAAAGUGCUCGCCGAACAAACUUACACUGAAGAACUUAAAAUUCCAACUUCUUUUUUUUUUUUGCAGCCACGAAUCUCAAGAUUUACUGUCCCCAGGUCAGAGGAUGGCAUGAGAGAGCCAUGGCUCCCCUGGGUGUCCCUGCUCCCUGGCUGAAGGCAGCACUGCUGCUGCUCCUCCUCCUCUUCUUGCCUGCAUGUCUAUGUGCAUGCCCAAGGUCCUGCAGCUGCCCCAACCCAAAGGAGGUGCACUGCACCUUCCGCCAUCUCCCUUCUCCCCCACGCAAUCUGCCCAAGGACACAGAGAGAGUCAACCUGGGCUAUAACAGCAUUGUGGCUGUGGGGCCCUCAGAUUUCGAGAACCUGCGCCAACUAGAGAUGCUUAUGCUGCAUGGGAACGACAUCAACUCUGUGGCUUCAGGAUCCUUUUACCACUUACGUUACCUCCAGAUAUUGAAGCUGAGCUACAACAAGCUAAAGUCAAUAGACCCCAGUCUGUUUGAUGGCCUGACGAGCUUGGUGCGCCUCCACCUGGACCACAACCUAAUCAGCUUCAUCGAGCCUUUCUCCUUUAAUGGACUAACUUCACUGAAGCUGCUUCAGCUGGAAGGAAACAAGCUGCAGGAUCUGCACCCACACACAUUCACCACCCUCUCUCUCCUGGGAACUUUCUGGGGAUCGGGCCUGCGGCACCUUCACCUUGCAGACAACAAGCUAGAGUACCUGCUGCCUGGCACUCUUCAGCACCUGAGCAGGCUGGAGGUCCUUUCCCUGCACGGCAAUCCCUGGACCUGCGACUGCCACCUGCGCUGGCUCUUAGAGUGGAACAAAAAGCAUGAGGGCAUAAUUAAGUGCAAAAAGGACCGGGACUCUGCAGCUGCUGAGAACUGUGCCAUAUGUGCCUCACCACAGCCCCUCAACAACAGCCAGAUUUUCCAGCUCUCAGCUCACCAGCUCUCCUGCGACAAACCCACCCUCCAGUCCCCACUGAAGAUAGGGGAGAGCAGUGCCUGGGAGGACCAGGAGCCAGAUCUUCCUUACGUCAAGGACUUGGAGCGUCCACUCGGCCACUUGACUUUCAUGUUGUCCGACAGCCACGGGAACAGGGCCCAUGUGGCUUGCGAGGUAACUCGCCCAGUUGAAGGAACAUCCAUGGUGUGGGAACAGCUGAGGAGGUCAGACGAGGUGGCAGUGAACGUGACCCUGCUGACCUUACUUGAGUGCGAGAUUGACAGGGAGGCUCUUCAGAACCUGUGGAGGCUUGUGGCCUACUACUACGAGAGUCCAGCCAUCCUGGAGCGAGGAGCCAGGCAUGAGAAUACUUCCAAAGUGACAUUUCAGUAUUCCCAGGCCACAAAUGAGGACUCCCCUUACUUUACUGAACUCAAAGGACAUUUGAUGGCUGAACCAUCCUGGCUUUUGCAACCUAGGGUCACUCUUCAGCUGAACAGGCGGAAGACCACAACAAAAAAGCUAGUGCUGAACUUCUCCACUUUCAUAUCAAAAAACGUCAAUGGUAGGGGUGAGAAAGAAGAUGCAGCCUCUUCUUGGGCUCUGAUCCCGAGAGGAGCACCGGGAAGGAUCCAGAUAGUGCUGGAGCACUCUGAGGUUACUCUAGAGUGUAAUAUUCUGAGCUCAGGACAGCAGUCUGUGGAAUGGAUGCUUCCAGACCUAACUACUUUCGAAAAAACUGAUUCCCACAGGCUUGUGUCGGAGCAUAACAGACUGAUCAUCAAAAACACAAGCUUGUCAGACAGCGGGCUCUAUCACUGCUUUGUGAGAACUGAGGCAGAUGUGGACAUAGUUGCAUAUAGGCUCACGGUUAGGGAACGUCUCCUCAGUCCCAGUGACUUAAAUGGAAAGAAGAUGACUGUGGAGAAUGGAGAGGCACUCAGUCUUCCCUGUUCAGUUACUUCAUCUCAGCCAAUUGAGACCAGAUGGUUCCUACCAAAGCAUGAGAGUCUAAAGGCAUCCAAUAAAAAGGGACGAAUCUAUGUGUCACAAAAUAAUACACUGGUCAUUCAAAAUGUUAUGCAUGAGGAUGCUGGGGAAUAUAGCUGUUUAGCAGCUAACCUUCAUGGGGCAGACAUGCUGUCUCAUCUGGUUGUUGUAACUGGUGAAAAAGAGGAAGAUCCAACAGAUGUUAGCGAAGUCAAAGCUGAAUCAUUCUUAUUUGACAGGGAGGAAACAGAGGGGUCAGGAUACCAAGAAAUCAAAACGCCAGCUUCUAAACAAACACCACAGAGGGUGGAUGGAAAACAUAGGGGUUCCGGGGGAAUUUAUCGACAGGGUUUUAAAGGAAAGAGGAUCAAGGAUAAUGUGAGGAAACCAAAUAAAUCUGUCAAAGAGCUUGAUCCAGGCCGCUGGGCACAAAUAUUAGCAAAAGCUAAUGCUAAAGUCUCAACCGUGCAACCAGCAACAAUUACGACAAGACUUGUAGCGACAACAACAGUGAAAACAACUACUACGACAACGACAACAACAACUCCUGCUCCUAUGACUCCUUCUCCUACUACAUCAUCUAACAGCGCUACCACUGGAAUACAUAUACAUGAUUUCAGUAAACAGUUGGUACAACCACCUCAUGGAGAGCACACAGACCAGAGUUCAGCAAAGAGAGAACAACUGCAUCAAAAGACCAGUGAUUUCGACAUUCCAAUCUUGACCACAGUAAGUCAUUACUCACCCACAAUAUCCCCUACAAAACCCAAUAUGGAGCAUGUGACACAGCCAGAGAAAAAGACAGAUAGACACAUAAUACAAGAGAAAAUAAGAGCAAACAGCAACCCCAUCUCAACCAAAAGACGAAGGCCCCCAUACGGAAGAAGGCCUCCACCAAGAAGGUUACGCCCACAGAAACCUACCCAUCCUCCACCAGCCACAAUAAAACUAACAAUCACAACACCAUUAACUGCAGCAGCUCCUAGAUCUAUCUCCCCCAUAGAUACUCACUUACAAACUACAAAUAAAAGCACAGAAAAAAAGCUUUUCACAGAUUCACAAAUUAGAAAUGAACACGACUCUGGGGUUCAAGACAAUCUGAAUGUGGCAGUAAGACAGAAGCCUCCUCCAGUUUAUAAAAAAGAAGAAAAGUUUACUGAAUUUCAAGAUAACAGCAAGUAUCAAGAAACAGCUGAGCUCACAAGUGCAACACCUCUUGCUCCUGCCACACUAGCAGCCACUCAAGUUAAAUGGUAUGGACAUGAAAACAGAGAGGACACGGAUUGGACUGGUGGUAAGACACAUAAAGAAAAAUUUAGGAUAAUAACUACAAGUCCACCUAGCAUUGAAAUCACCAAUAUUAAACCAGUUAUAACACAGGAGGUUCCACUAACCACCGAGACGCCAAUCCUGAGUAACUUCAACAGGCAGAGAGUGGACAACUCACCAGUCAGACCUGAAAGCCCUGGCUUGCCUGUCCACCCCUGGCUAACCCACAAAAAAACCCAAAUGUCAAUUACACCAAGGCCUUACACUCCACCUCCCUCCUGGACUUAUACCAACCGCAUCCCAGUGCAGCCCACAGUUCAUGGAUCAAGGCACCACUCCUCACUUGACAGAACAUGGCAUUUACCGCACACCAGCGGAAGGAGUGCAGGGGUUACUAAUCGACCCGAAAUAACAGCACAAACAGCAAAGCCCACAGCUUAUAUCCCUUGGUCAGCAGCAACUGGCUUUCCCCGAACUGAACCACCACACAGCAGCACAUCUUCUAGAGUGAGAAACUACUUGCUCUUUAACAGGCUUCGAAACAGAUACCGGCAAUCUCAGCUUGAUGCUUACCGCUUAUCACAGCUAGGAAAACUAAUCACUCCUAAACCGAGAAUUCACCAACCAACCCUGAGACCUCAUCCAACUCCAAAUUUUCCAAGCAUCUACAAGCCUGUGACACCCCCUUCUGUUGUAGAAGCUACCAGCAAACCACACACCACAGCCAGCAUUCUGUAUGGCAGCCGCUGGCACUACAGUCACUCUGGAAUAAAGAAACUGAGCACUGCACUUCCCUUUCCCAACCUUAUGGGUAGUGGUGCGAAACCCAGGAUCAUUACAACAGACUCGGUUACUGUGUCCGCACUGGCAGAGGCAAAUGUCAUCCUGCGCUGUCAGGCAUCAGGAGACCCUAAGCCUGCUAUUUCAUGGACUAAAGUCUCCACAGGUGCUACAAUUCAAGCCAACACCAAACAUGGACAAAGAUUUGAGGUACUUCCAAAUGGCACUUUUGUUAUAAAGAACGUCCAGCUUCAAGACAGAGGUCAGUACCUUUGCACUGCUCAGAACAAAUUUGGCUCAGAUCGCAUGGUGGUCACACUCACUGUACAGACAGAACCUCCCAAAAUAGAGGGCCCCAAGUACCGACACACCUCUGUGUACCUGGGGAAGCCAUUCAGCUUGGACUGCACUGCAGUGGGAAAGCCCCAAGCCCAGGUCUCCUGGAUACUUCCUGAUAAAACUUUUGUACGGGAGGUGGAGGUCCUGGACAGAACCAUCUCACUAUUUCCCAAUGGAACACUAAGCAUUCACACUGCAAACUUUUCAAGUAAAGGUGACUACAAGUGCAUUGCUAGUAACGCUGCAGGGGCUGACACCUUGACCUACCACCUGCAUGUUGCUGUACUGCCACCAACCAUCAAGGAAGAGGCAUCUGAGAGCAUAUCCAUUAACAAUGGCAGGAGCAUCUAUGUGCAUUGCACAGCUAAAGGGGAACCUGCACCUCUUCUUAAGUGGAGUCUUCCUGAUGGGUCACAAAUGAAACCUACACAGUUUAUCGGGAGACGACUCUUUAUUUUCCCCAACGGUACACUGUACAUCAAAAGUGUCGCUCCUACAGACACAGGGAAAUACGAAUGCUCAGCCACAAACACGGUGGGCUUUGCUAAAAGAGUGGUGAAUCUGAAUGUCAAGCAGGAGUCUCCAGAUCCCUGGAAAGGUCCAUCCCAGCAGCACAUUGUCUCAGCCAUGUAUGGCUCCACGGUGUUCCUGCACUGUCCUGAGUCCACCGGCUCCCACAGGGGCACUGUUUGGAGGUUACCUUCUAAAAUUCUGCUGGAACAUCGCUACAGUCCUCAGAGACACAUCACCGCUUUCCCUAAUGGCACUCUGAGGAUCCUGCGGCUGACUGAGAAAGAUAGAGGCAGUUACCUCUGCAUGUAUCAAAGGCCCAAUGGAGAGGACAUGGAGCUGUUUCAGGUGGAGGUCCUGAUGAAGCCACCUAAGAUAAAGAACGUGGGCAGUCAGCAAAAGAGAGUCACUAAUGGAGAGAACUUUCUUGUGGACUGCGUAGCUUCAGGUCUUCCAGACCCUGAAGUGUCGUGGAGUCUGCCUGAUGGCACAAUAAUAAACAAUGCUCUCCAAUCAGAUGACAGUGGAUCUCGCAAUCGUCGCUACAUUAUCUUUGGGAAUGGCACGCUCUUGUUGCAACAGAUGGGGAAAAAUGAUGAGGGUGAUUAUACAUGCUAUGCAAAGAACACACUGGGUGAGGACGCAAUGAAAGUGAGCGUCCAAGUCAUUCCAAAUUCGCCCCGAAUUUCCUCCAAGGACCAGGCGUCUCUCUGGGCUCCUCUCGGCCAUGCCGCCCAGAUGAUGUGUGAUGCAACUGGUGAACCUCCACCCGCAAUUAUUUGGAUUUCACCAAACAAUGAGAUGAUAACAUCGUCAUCAGUCAAAUAUCAGAUACUGAAUGAUGGGACACUGAUCAUUAAAAAGGUGACUUUAGCAGACCAAGGAAAGUAUGCAUGUGUUGCAAGGAACUCAGCUGGGGAUGACAUUAAGAACGUGAAGCUCCAAGUAGAGGUCAGGGAGCCACAUAUCAAUGGAAAAGGGGGGCGGACAGAGAGCAAAGUUUUGGCGGUCUCCUAUCAGACUCUGCUUCUGCACUGUAAAGCCGAGGGCAUGCCUGAGCCCCACAUAAUGUGGACCACAUCAUAUGGCAUGUCCCUGCCUUCACCUUACUUGGGGGGCAGGUUUCAAGUCCACAGGAACGGUACUCUUGAAUUACGAGGUGUACGCAAAACCGACGAAGGUCGGUUUCUGUGCGUGGCCAAAAAUUACCUUGGAGAGGCAAGCCUUGCAGUUGACCUCGAAGUUGCAUCACUUGCUGAAAAGCCAAGCUUCCCAAUGCCAAAUAUUGAGGUUCUACCCCUCAAACCAGAUGGAGAUGACAUCACUUUGGAGUGCCGGGCCAUUGGAAAGCCAAAGCCAGAGUUUGUCUGGAUUCUUCCCAACAGCACAGUGCUGGCUCCAGGCAUGAAACUUAAGAGGUUUAUCCACUCCUUGGGAAAUGGGACUUUGCACAUUAUUCAGCCGGUGCCCAGUGACAAAGGUGUUUAUCGUUGCCUGGCCAAAAAUGUGGCAGGACAAGCAGAAAAGCGCUAUGCUUUAGAACCUGGAAGGAAGCCACAAAUUCGAGGUACGGCUGCCCCAAUGAAAAUUUCAUUUGGACAGACACUGAACAUGCCAUGCACAGUGGAUGGCUGGCCCCAAGCAACUAUCACCUGGACUCUUCCAAAUGGUCUGGUACUGGACAGACCUCAGGUUAUUGGAAGAGUCACUUAUUUAUCUAAUGGAACCCUUCAACUUAGAGAAACUGCUAAAUUUGACAGGGGAACGUACAUCUGCAAAGCCACUAACACAUUUGGAUCAUCAAUACUCUCAUACCCUGUGACAAUUAUGGUGUUUCCACCACAGAUCACUAAUGCACCCCCCUCUAUAACAAGAGUUACAAAGGGGUCUCCGGUGACCCUAAGCUGUGUUGCUACUGGCAUUCCUAAGCCAGAGAUCUCUUGGACUCUACCUGGACGUACCACUCUUGUGCCUAAUAAUCGCUUCACUGCACUGGGUGGCAUUCACAUGACAGAGGACGGCAGUUUGGUCAUACAGGAUCCCAGCCUUAUGAACUCAGGAAUUUACAAAUGCAAUGCCAAAAAUGCCCUGGGAAUGGACUUCAAAGCAACAUACCUUCAAGUGAUAUGAAUGUGUUCAGGAGUAAGAGAUCUGAACUUAACUUCAAACAACAUAUGGACACUUGUAAACACAUGUAAAUAUACCUAAAAAAGACAUCAACUCCAGUUAAAGCUCACAAAAUAAUAUCAGCAAUAUAUAAAUGGGCAUUAUUUUUCUUUUUUUUUAAAAAAAGAGUAAUAAUUUUGUUGGAACAAACAAGCUUAAAGUACUGUGCAAAAGUCAGAGACCACCCUUCAUAUGUUUAAUUUACAGUUAAAAUGACAAGUUAUUCAUUUUUCAGCAUCAGGAAAAAAGCAGAAAAUAUACAUUAAUAAGCAUUUACACAGAAAUAUCACAGAAUAAAUGUAUUAUCAGUUAAAUUGUUCUCGGGGGACAACAAGUUGGUUGCUUUUUCUGCUUCUCACAUUCUCAAACACAUUCAGUGAUGUUGAGGUCUGGAUUUUGGGGAGGCCAGUCCAUCGUUCUGAAACACCAACAGUUUCUUUGUUUGAUUUGCAUUUUUUUAACUAUUUCCAGAUUUUUUUUCAGAUCUGAAGCAAGAGUGAGGCUUGAUUUCAAAGAUGAAAGCUUUA